AUGGAAUCUCUUGCUCACUCGUCUGAUUAUUAUCCUCAGGGAAAUGACCAGGCUGAAUCUAGUAACAAAAACCUCAUUAAUAUCAUGGAAAAGUUAGUAAGUGAGAAUUUUAAGGAUUGGUAUAAGAAACUGUAUGAAGCUCUUUUGGCUGGCUGUACAUUGCCAAAAAGGGCAAUUGGGAUGUUUACGUUUGAACUGGUCUAUGGUGUUGGUUCUCAAGUAGAACUUCUUUUAGAGCUGGCAGCCACCAAGUUACAAAUAGUGAUUGAAGACACCUACUUCCAGAGUUCUUUAGAAAAGAAAAUCAUGCACCUAACAAAUAUUGAUGAAGAGAGGGAUAGACUGGUGGACUGA